AGACACCGCAUACAACUUGGGUAUCACCAUCCAAUCUCUUCUUCUUCCUCCUCUGGAGAGGGAGAAGAAGACGAGAGAGAGAAUGAAGGGAGUAAACAGAACAAAGUUGAUAUUUUUGCAGUCUACGCUCAAUCACAAGCAAGGUGGCCAUGGCUUCAACGCAUCCUUCUCCAUCUUGCUCUCCCACCAUCACUACCGCCGUUGGCUCGUCGCUAUCCUCUCCUUCUUCGCCUUCGCGUCCCUCCUCGCUCUCCUCCACAACGGUUCCAAUGCGAGAGGUGUGGGCACGCACGCUUACUAUAUUUCGGAUUCCUCUGUUUCCUUGCCCGCCGGCGACGGGGAGAAGCAGCUUCCUGCGGUGGUCUUCGACGCGCUCCUCGAGUACGCCGCGUCCUCCAAUACCUCGGAAAAGAUGGAGGAGGAGGAUAUGCGGGCGGUCGCCGGCGUUAUCCGGCGCCGGGCGCCGUGCAACCUGCUCGUGUUCGGGAUCGGGCACGAGACGCCGCUUUGGCGCGCUCUCAACCACGGCGGGCGCACCGUGUUCGUGGGCGAGAGCGAGUACUUGGUGGGGCGCGCGGAGGGGCUGAACCCGGGGUUGGAGGCUUUCGACGUGGCCUUCAUCACUACGGUCCGGGAGACGCCGGAGCUCCUGGCCACCGCUCGCCGGCAGCGCCGCGGGGAGUGCCGGCCGGUACAGAACCUGCUCUACUCCGACUGCCGCCUCGCGGUCAACGACCUACCGAACCAGCUCUACGGCGUGGCGUGGGACGUGAUUCUCGUGGACGGGCCGCAGGGGAACGCGCCGGAGACGCCCGGGCGGGCGGCGUCCAUCUUCACGGCCGCCGUGAUGGCUAGGUCGGUGCCCGGAGGGCACGUGGAUGUUCUUGUGCACGACUACGACCGGGAGGUCGAGAGGGUGAGCAGCGGCGAGUUCCUCUGCCCGGAGAACCUCACCGGCGGCACUCCCCACCUCGCCCACUUCCUCCUCCGCACCGGCGCCCCCACUGACAAAUUCUGCCGCAACAACAAGACACGCAGAGGACCAUGGCACCCGCCUACCGCCGGCACGACGGCCGGCUCCUAGUCUGCCGCACGUCCUUCAAAUUGCUAUCAAAAGAUCAACCAUCACGAUGGAAAACAACAAAAAAAAAAAUCGAAAAAAAACGCAGUAUUCAAUUUUCUUUUACCCUUUUAAACAAUUAAAGAAAAAGAUUGAAGCUGCAUUAAAAAAACCAUGUAUCUUGCUUACCUAAAAAAAGAUGAACAAAAGCAGGGGAAAAAAAAAGGAAAA